AUGAAUAGCAUAAAAAGUCGCCAGGCUGGACUUUCUUAUCAGCCAGUGCAUACAGACGACCGAGAAGCGCAGAACCAAGAGGAUUUCGAUGGCCCUGCUCUACUGAACCCAUCAAUUGUCAUAUUUUCUAAAUUUACACGAUCAUCAUCAUUACCAAACUUGCCUGGCUACACCAAUGCUGCCGUCAACCCAGCAAGGAAAAUAAUUUCGUCGUAUUCCCCAAUUCUCGACCGUUUUGAUUUGAUGCUUCGGUCUCAAGCCUUUAAUGGAGCGCUGCGCGAUAACUUGAGUAUUUGGCGUCAACCACCAUCCCCAGCGGUAGAUGCCGCAUGGGAUUACAUUUCUGGAGAAGAAUUCCAGGUAAUUACUGUUUCAGCCUCGGAUGUCUUGCUGUCUGGUAAGGACCCUUCCACUACUAUUCAAGCCCCUGCCUCAUGGGGUGAUGGCCCUGGAGCGUACAUUGCGCAGGUCGAAGUCUUCCAUCAAAUCCACUGUCUCAAUGAGCUUCGCAAGGAAAUGCAUAGAGACUAUUAUUACAAUAAAGAACAUACAUCAGAAAUUCACCGGAAGAGAAGGUGA